AGCGUUUGACAUACAAAUUUCAUUUGGCAACAUUUUGGCAAAUUGUUUUUGUUUACAUAUGUACAUACAUAUGUAUAUUAAAAAACGGGGAGUAUAAACAGUUUUAAAGUUGAUAAUAUGGAGGAAAUUAGAGAAAACACUCGAAACGGUACAAAGAAGCGUGAACGAAAAAUGCAAGAGAAGUGGUCUGCAGAGGACACAAUGAGGCUGAUCCAGGAAAUCGAAUUGAGGGAGGGGACGUGGAAUAUCCUGUCCACAGAAUACCGAAAUCGGAAAAUUCGAAAAGCCCAAUGGCAGGAUGUGGCAGAUAUUUUGAAGAUGCCGCCAUCCGAAGUGUCUGCCAAAUGGAACAGCCUUCGGUCCUCUUUCCGCGCGGCUUUCAACAGAAAAGCAUACAUGAAAAAUGCUGGAAAAGCUCCUGCGAUGAACUCGAUCUACAAUUCGUUGAAGUUCUUGGAGCCCACUUUAAAUAUUGCAGAGAAUGCCACUUCGUAUUCAUGUAACAACACACAGUCGACGCUGACACCUCCUCCCCUGCUGAAUGUCCCAGAAAGUAAUGUCGACUCUUUUGAAGAAAUACAAACACUGCCAUCCACAUCACAAGAAAGUGCACCAAAACGUCGACUUCAAAAAUAUGCCGAUGGGUAUGCCGAAAUUGUUGAACUGGCGUUGAAGACACUGAGUACAUCCACUAAAACUGAUGCUUGGAACGACUUGGGCAGCUUUGUGGCAUUUAGUGGACAAGAAUGGGCACAAGAAACUCCACAACUGGCGUGGGAUUUUAAGACGGAGUUGUACGAAUUGGUGUUAAAGUAUCAUAAGAAAUUCAUACGGGAAGAGCUCUAGCACAUUUGCUUGUAUUUGUCUAUAAUUAAAUUUCUUAAUUUUUUGUUUGUUUUAUUUUUCAGCACAUCAUAAUGCUGUCAUAUGUCCAUACAUAAAUAAUAAUAUUGAUAUUUAAGUAAAGACUAUAAUAUAGAAUGAGUCAUAUUUUCUUUUCUUAUUAACACUCUUAAAAUGCCAAUGCAAAUCAAAAAGUACAAAAUACAUGUAGACGAUAAUUUAAUUAAAUAUAG